AUAUGUCAUUUUAAAACUGGACUUUCAGUCAAAGCAAAAGCUGAAAAUUGAUAGAAGACUGUCUUCGUGGUUGUCCUGCAACAAACCGUUUUUUUCCCUUGUAUAAUGUUUCAACCUGUGACAACUUCUGGGCUAACGUUAUAUUUAGACAUGAAAACAUUUUAUCAUGAAGUCCCGGCAAAGAUAAAAACAUUUAUAUUUAAAGCCACAUUGCUUUAAAUACAGACAUUUGGAACCUUAAUGAUUCAUUUGGCAUGGAAUGAGCAAAGGAAACUGGACUUGAGUGGACACAACGCAAAGAAGCAUAGAAGAAGCAAGUAUAAAAGCUACAGUUGCGUAGCUGGCAUCAGUCACCCAAGGAGGUUGGAAGUGACAAGUACGACUGACAGCUGAGGACCUCCAUCUAGGACCAUAAUGGCAGAAGAGUGGGGAAAAGCUGUGUUUGCUGCCAGGCGACACUAUGAAGAUUCAACAAGAGACUCUGCCUUUGUUUACACAAACAGCAAUAAUACCAGAGAUCCCUUUGAGGGUCCUAAUUACCACAUUGCUCCUCGAUGGUGUUACAACCUUGCAACACUCUGGAUGUGUUUUGUGGUUGUCGCAUCAACCUUCACCAAUGGUCUCGUCUUGGUGGCCACAGCAAAAUUCAAGAAACUCCGCCACCCUCUGAAUUGGAUCUUGGUCAAUCUUGCAGUUGCUGAUCUUGGAGAGACACUUUUUGCCAGCACCAUCAGUGUAUGCAACCAGUUUUUUGGUUACUUUAUUCUGGGACACCCCAUGUGCAUAUUUGAAGGUUAUGUUGUCUCAGUUUGUGGUAUUACUGGCCUGUGGUCUCUGGCUAUCAUUUCAUGGGAAAGAUGGAUCGUUGUGUGCAAACCUUUUGGAAAUAUGAAGUUUGAUGGCAAAUGGGCCACAGUUGGAAUUGUCUUCUCUUGGAUCUGGGCAGCAGUCUGGUGCGCUCCUCCCAUAUUUGGCUGGAGCAGAUACUGGCCUCAUGGCCUGAAGACUUCCUGUGGCCCUGAUGUAUUUAGUGGCAAUGAAGACCCUGGAUGCCAGUCCUAUAUGAUUGUCCUAAUGCUUACAUGUUGCAUCCUUCCCCUGGCAAUCAUCAUCCUGUGCUAUCUUGCCGUCUUGAUGGCUGUCCGUGCUGUUGCCAUGCAACAGAAGGAAUCAGAAUCAACCCAGAAAGCUGAGAGAGAAGUAUCCAGGAUGGUCGUCGUCAUGAUUCUGGCAUUCUGUUUAUGCUGGGGACCUUACACCUUUUUUGCUUGCUUUGCGGCGGCUAAUCCCGGAUAUUCAUUCCAUCCUUUGGCUGCUGCUAUGCCUGCAUACUUUGCCAAGAGCGCCACCAUCUACAACCCAAUCAUCUAUGUCUUCAUGAACAGACAGUUUCGCUCGUGCAUCAUGCAGCUCUUUGGCAAACAAGGGGAUGAUGGCUCUGAAGUAUCUUCUACAUCAAAGACAGAGGUCUCCUCUGUGGCUCCUGCAUAAACCUUUGUGUUCUCUGUUUUGGAAACAAACUACUAUGACUUGUACAGAAAAUAUUUAUUGGUUUAUUUAUCUCUCUUUUUUUAGUAAAUAGCUUUCUGGCAAAUGGAAAAUCCCAAAAAUAUAUACAUAAAGCAAAUGAA